UGCAACGAAAACUCGAAAAGAUGCUCAAAUGCCCGUCGAAAGAUGCGCUUCCAAAGAAGAGCCAACGAGACGAGUCAGUCGUCGCCUCCCAGGUUCAGCAGCCGACGGACGGAAGCGAUCUCGGCCCGAUCGGGGGUCCUCUGCAGAGUGGCGGCCUGUGGGGACGGACACACCUUAACGACCACAGACGAGCAGGAAAAUGCUGUCUUGCGCUCUCCCAGAGCCCAUAGACACGCCUGCCGAGCUAUGUGGCCACACCUAUUUAUUUCACUCCUCGCCGCCUCUUGGUUGUCAGGAAGCCAGCUCGGAAUUCACCUCUCGAAGGAGGCUAAAAGGCAGCAGCGACUGCUUCCUCUUCUCAGAGAGAACCGGUCCGUCCGAGGAGCUGCCCUUGGAGAGAGCGAGAUGUCGUCCGUGCCCACCGGAACCUCCCUGCCCAGUGGCUUUUCAGUCCUGGCCUCCUUCCCCGACCUUCUCUUCAUUUUUGAAUUCGUGUUCGGCGGCCUGGUCUGGAUCCUGGUGGCCAGCUCAAAGGUGCCCAUUCCCAUCUUACAAGGCUGGGUGAUGUUCGUAUCUGUGUUCUGCUUUGUGAUCACCACGAGUUUGCUCUUCUUGUACUUUGUGGGAGCUCACGGCGGAAACCCUUCCUGGAUCACCCUGGAUGCUGCCUAUCAUUCCAUCGCCUCUCUGUUCUACCUCAGCGCUGCCGUGCUAGAAGCCAGUAGCACCAUCGCUCUCUGGAAUGCUGUUCUCCCCUCAGUUUACCGUGAAAAUAUCUCCGCAGUGGUAUUCACCUAUGCAGCCAUGCUGAUCUAUGUGAUUCACGCAGUAUUCUCCUUACGCAGAUGGAAGUCUUCAUAAAGCCUCCCGGAACCUUCCCGGGAAGUCCUCGGAAUGGCCAGCCUCCUCUCCCCUUCCCCUCCUCCCCUCCCUCUCCCCGACCCUAAAUUCACUAACAAUCAGGCACUCGAACGGGGCUUUUGGUUUCCCCUUGGGGUUGUUUUUCCUGUCCCAUGUAGCCGGGUGGAGGGAACUGGGGACCUGAUGUAUCCAUCCCCCUCUUUCUUGACAAACUUUUGUCACUGUUAUUCCCUUCUGGUGUAGUUGGGUCAAAUUCUGGGAGCGCAUAACCCUACCUCCCUCUACUAGACCCCCCCCAAAACAUUUUUAUCCAUGGCCUCUUGGGUGGUUUCAUGUCUUUUGGAUGGUCCGCCCACGAGCCCAAGACACUCACUAGACACUCACUGUGAUGUGCUCAGCCCAGUGGACCACCCAGCCCAGGACACCGUCUCCAACAGGGGCACCAGGAUGCUUGAAGAAACCGUAUUCCAGUUGCCUCCUGGACUCUCACCUUCAUGGUCGGAGAUGGACCCUCCAACAUCCCAUAACUUUCUCUUCUAAUCUGCUAUCGUGAGCCUCACCUUCAUGGAUUCAUUCAAAUUCCUGUUGAAACAAAUGAUAUUUUUAACCCACAAAUCUUGCUUUGGUAACAAAUCCACAGAUGUUAGUUUCUUUAAUAAUCCCCCUCUUUGGAAAGUCCGUGAGGGAGAUUAUUUCAGCCCAUUACAGUCGGAACUCACAGAGUGUAUGAGAAAUGAUUCUCACAAAACCCAAGUCCUCGGGAAGCUCAGAUAUUUUUUGGCAUGAACCAGAUUGGAGGACACUCAGAAUAUUAUCAUCCGAUGGCCAACCACUAGAUGUGAAACUUCAAUUUUUUUUUUUUUGUCAAGGCAAUUUAAGCAUGAGAGUUGUAGAGUAGCACCACCCCUCAACGAGCUUCCACUCGACUAUGCCACUCUCUCUGCAACACCUGAGGCCCCUCCACCGACCACAUCUUCGAGAGCAUCUUUUCCAGCACGGUCCCGAGCGGCCAGAGCCAGCCGGAUGGCUCGCCAUCCUACUCUCACCUGCUCAGGGCCGGUAGGUUUCGCUGCCCAACUGAAAUACUCUUGCAGCAAGGGAAAGGGACGUGGGGCGGUUUACUCUUCGGCGCCGCUGAGUUCCAACCCAGAGACAACUCCUGAAACUGUGCUGUGGAUUUGGUGGGGAAGUUGAGGAGAAUAAAGUCAAUUUCCAAGAAA